AGAAAGAAAGAAAACAAAGACAGAAGUAAACCCCAAAAUGUUUGGAGAGUGGUGCCAUGGGCAGCCCUUUCAGCAUGACUUUGCGUCCUAACUACCAACGCUUAUCCUAAACUCUGGUGCAAGGUGAAGGAAUUCACAUAGCUCUCUUUUAAAGCAACUUUGAGAGUUUUUUUUUUUCCAAGACAUAUAUCCAGGAUAAAUCCAGCAAACUUAGAAAGCAGUGAAAUAGGCCCUUGGGAAUGGCGUCCCAUUGAGGUGUCUCCUGUCGUUUCAGUGAGUUGUGAAGCACUGGUUAGCAGGCGUCAUGGCUCUGAGUACCUAGGACAGCACUCCUCUGCAAAGAGCCCAGGCUCCUGGAGAGGUUGAGGGUCUCUGGCAUGGUUCUCGGUGGAGAGUCAGCAUCCUUUACCCACCCUCCUGUGGGGCAGAUCGAGGUCCCACCUGCCUUUGGCUGAAAGGAAGUGCAUUCCCAAACCUCCUAAAGGCACACUCGACCUUGAUUUCCUCUGAACUUCCUCACCAGCUGCACUAGUGUUGUGUAAGGAGCACUGUAUUGAGAGUCAGGGCAAUGGGUUAUGUCCUUGUGAAGGCUUCUGACUUCUCUAGUCCUCAGUUUCUUUAUCUGUAACAUGAGUGACCUCAGCUAGAUGGUCCUUGAAGAGCUCUUUACAGGUUAGAAAUGCUCUGAUCCUGUAUUUAAUGAAAUGGAGAAAGUAUUCAUGCCAUAUUCAUUUGUGGGAAAAACAUUCUUUGCAAAACAUGACGUUUGACUCUUGUAAUUUUUGUUUUAAAAAACACAUGUAGCAGAAUGAAGGUAUUUGUUCUUCCCAUCCCCACGCUGCUGCUGGGCAGAGGAUCUUUCAACCAUCGAAUUCACUAGGAUUCUUUGUCAGACAGGACUCUAUUCUAAAGAACGGGAGCACUGCCAUCAUCCUCCUGGAAUGGAGUCAGGGAUGCCCCCCAGGACACUGGACCCCAAUGGGCAAAGGUUCUCAGCAACUUCAACCUAAAAGAGGUUCCCUGAGGGGAGAAGAGACCCUGAAAGGAGGGGAGUGGGAUAGGAAGGGAGGCGACACCAUUCAAGGUAGGCCCUGUGUCAACUACAAUUCUUCCCUAUGAGUGCUGUAAGGAAUCAAAGACAUACAAGGUAAAGAUCCUCUACACACAAGAAAGUCACCACCCACCUGACAUCAAAAGCCAUAUUGAUGAAAGACGAUGAGAAGGAAGAGAUGCAUUGUUAACGGGGCGGGGAGCACAGUGGAUUGGGGCAGGUGGCCUGGAUCCUGUUUCUGGCCGAUCACUGCUGGAGGGAAGCCACUCUGCAUCCCUGGGCCUCAGUUUCCUCAUAUGGAAGUGAGGCAUUAAACUCAAUUUCAAAAGUACCUUCCACUUUUGAGAUUCCAAAGUGGAUGGUUUGUUGAAGGAGGACUGAGCGUGGGCACCCGGAACUGUGUCAUUUGAUGAAUGAGUCAGACUAGGGACGUCAGAAAAAUAAUGUCUUCACAAGCAACACAAGGGGACAGGCAAUUAAGAAACACUUUGCCGUUGGCUGGAGUGUCUGUUCCACUCAAAGGAUACAUUCCCGAAGAGGGAUGGGGUGACUCAUCAGGCGGCUGUAACCUGAUGAAACAGAGCUAUCCAAUUUCCUCGCUUCGAUUCCAGGCAACCAAAUUAUCUUAAUGUGGUUUUCCAAAGCAGAUUCUCCAGGCAAUAGGAAGGGCAGACAUGAGUUUACAGAGUAAGGAGCAAUUGAAAAUUGACAUUUUUCUAAAGGAGUAAAAUUAUAUCACACAUGAGAAAUGACUGAAAUUUUAUAUGAAGUAGCAUUCAAAUGCAAAGGGUAUCAUCAUUAGUAGUAUCACCAUUGGUUGUUAUUCUCAUGCUGAUUUGGUCAGCCUUUGAGCCAGUUUUUCUUUUUUUUUUUUUUUUUUUUGAGCUGGUAAAUCCUGUGUGACUUGUUAAACAUAGAAAUUCUGGAUCUGCAAAGCUGAUCAAAUAUGAAAAUUACUGAUAUUUAGAAAGUGCUUUCACAUACAGAUACCUCAGUAGCUCUAGAGAGAGGAAAUAUUAUUUUCCCCAGUCUGUAGUUCUGGAAGGCUCAGAGAGGUUCGGUGACUUAUCCAGAAUAACAGAGCUCGUCAGGGUUUGGGCUGGCAGUCGAACCCAGGGGGUCAAGUCCAAAUCUAACUCACAGUGUUGCUGCUUCUUAAGUGGGUGAAUAUCCACCCAUCCAGCACACCCCUUCACACAUAUACUCACAAACAUUUACUAUGCAAGAUCCGUGCCCAGAGGGACAGCUGCCGGAGGGAUCAGAAGCUGAGGCAGAGAAAAACCAAAAUGCCAAUAUAUUCUGGAGAUCAUAGAACCGUGUCUCUUUCUCUCUUCAAACGCUGCUAAAAGCGCGUAGAGUCUUUCUGGACAGCCGUCCCAUGGCUCAAUCCGUUAGGCUUCCCUUAGUCCCCAGACUCAGGCUGAAUCUGCUCAUGGUGGGUGUAGAAAGCUCCCAUUCUGCUUAGAUGGAGUCUCUGGGGUGUCAGGCAUACCCCUGCUGCCUGCAUCUACCUCCUCUUCUGUCUGGUUGUUUCUGCUGAGAGUGGCUAGGGACCCUAGAUGGCCCCCCAGAACAGCACUGUUGGACCUAACGCACCCUGGGUUCCCGGCAUCUCAGCCACUGGAGUUGCCAGUCUCAAAUUACUGGAGGGGAGGGAGGGCAGGCCUGGAUCUCAGGAUCUAGGUCCUGCGUGCAAUGCAAGCCUGAGCUCUCCAGCUGCUGCCAUAAGGCUGCGGCAGUGUGGGCUCCUUGUGCCCAGAUCCUUCGUAUUCACAGGGAGAAGCGGAAGACCACGCUGCCUGACCGAGACUUUAUUAUAGAGGCUCAGGAAAAAGAUGAACUGGUCCCAUUCCUGCAUCUCCUUUUGCUGGAUUUACUUUGCUGCUUCCAGACUGAGAGCUGUGGAGACGGCAGAUGGAAAAUAUGCUCAGAAGUUGUUUAAUGACCUUUUUGAAGAUUAUUCCAAUGCUCUUCGUCCAGUGGAAGAUACAGAUAAAGUCCUGAAUGUCACACUGCAGAUUACGCUCUCUCAGAUUAAGGAUAUGGAUGAAAGAAACCAAAUUCUGACCGCCUAUUUGUGGAUCCGCCAAAUCUGGCACGAUGCCUAUCUCACGUGGGACCGAGAUCAGUAUGAUGGCCUAGACUCCAUCAGGAUCCCCAGUGACCUCGUGUGGAGGCCGGACAUCGUCUUAUAUAACAAGGCUGACGAUGAAUCUUCAGAGCCUGUGAACACCAAUGUGGUCCUGCGGUAUGAUGGGCUGAUCACCUGGGAUGCACCGGCCAUCACCAAAAGCUCCUGUGUGGUGGAUGUCACCUACUUCCCUUUUGACAACCAGCAGUGCAACCUGACUUUUGGUUCCUGGACCUACAAUGGCAAUCAGGUAGACAUAUUCAACGCCCUGGACAGCGGAGAUCUCUCUGACUUCAUUGAAGAUGUGGAAUGGGAGGUCCAUGGCAUGCCUGCUGUGAAGAAUGUGAUCUCCUAUGGCUGCUGCUCUGAGCCUUACCCGGAUGUCACAUUCACCCUCCUUCUGAAGAGGAGGUCCUCAUUCUAUAUUGUCAACCUCCUCAUCCCAUGUGUCCUCAUAUCUUUUCUGGCUCCUCUGAGUUUUUAUCUCCCAGCAGCAUCUGGAGAAAAGGUCUCCCUGGGAGUGACCAUCCUGUUGGCCAUGACUGUAUUUCAACUAAUGGUAGCAGAAAUCAUGCCGGCCUCAGAAAAUGUCCCCCUGAUAGGUAAAUACUACAUUGCCACGAUGGCCCUAAUCACAGCCUCCACUGCCUUGACCAUCAUGGUGAUGAAUAUCCACUUCUGUGGGGCCGAGGCCCAGCCGGUGCCACACUGGGCCAGGGUGGUCAUCCUGAAAUACAUGUCCAGGGUCUUGUUUGUCUAUGAUGUGGGUGAAAGCUGCCUCAGCCCGCACCACAGUAGAGAGCGGGACCACCUCACGAAAGUUUACAGCCAACUCCCAGAGUCUAACCCGAAAACAGCCAGGAACAAAGACCUUUCCAGAAAGAAGGGCAUGAACAAACGCUUAAAGAACGACCUGGGCUGCCAGGGUGAGAACCCUCAGGAGGCCGAGAGUUACUGUGCACAGUACAAAGUGCUGACGAGGAAUAUUGAGUACAUCGCCAAGUGCCUCAAAGACCACAAGGCCACCAAUUCCAAAGGGAGUGAAUGGAAGAAGGUGGCGAAAGUCAUAGACCGAUUCUUCAUGUGGAUUUUUUUCAUCAUGGUGCUUGUGAUGACUAUUUUGAUCAUAGCAAGAGCGGAUUAGUCACAGAUAUUGGCUUUGCUAUCUCGGUAGAAAUUAAUACAAUUCCCUGUGAUCUAUUCCAGUGUUCUUCCAAGAUUUUUGUUCGUCUAUAAUUUAGGGGUUAUGUUGUCUGUACGUUUUAUUUUUAACCUCAAAUCAAUGUCGAAGCUAUCUGCCCUGUCAAAUUAAGCAGGAGAUCCAAAAUUUCAAGGGUAGGAAGAUGGAAGAAAUAGGGAAAGAGACCUUUUAUAGCCCACCAUAGCGGUGGGUGACUGGCCUCUAGUUUAUACAAUGAUUCACCUCUUUGGCAGUACAGAUAACAAAAUACACUUUACUGGUAAAAUUUAAAACAAAAAGGCAAAACAAACCAAACUCGUUUUCCCCUUAGUUCCCCUUAAACCAUGCUUUAAAAAAUGAAAUAGUCAUAUAUAUGUUAGUGUGAUUUAAGUCUCAAUGGUACCUUAUUCAGGCAUAGUGCAUUUGAAGUCAUAUCUCAAAUAGUGGAAUAAAAGCUUUUGUCCCAUGUGAAGAAAGUCUAAGCAUCAGCUGUUUAACGGGGAAAGAGCUUGCUUCAUAAUGGUGAGGUUGUAUAUGUUGGUUAUGUUUUAUAUAAACCCAAAAGAUGAAGUCAUUCCUGCAUUUACCCCUUCAUUAAAAUAUGAUAGAUGAGGUUCUUCCUGUCUUGUAUCAAAAUAAGGUGAUUAGCAAGCUGGGCUCAUCCAUUCAUUCACUGAACUUUUCACCAAACAUGGAUCACGUUUUUCCUACAUGUAAUAAAAGCGACAUGAUUCACAUUUUA